CUGUAUCCUGUCUGUUGUCUCCAGCAGGUUUAAGGUUUCUCAGUCAUGGAUCCAGAUCCAGAUCUCACCAUCGUCCUUCUGGGAAACACCGGAGUCGGUAAAAGUGCUUCAGGAAACACCAUCCUGGGACGACCAGCGUUUGAGUCGGAACAAUCCUCCACACCAGUGACAACGCAGAUCUCUACACAAACUGGAACUGUGUUUGGGAAACAGAUCUCAGUGAUCGACACUCCGGGAAUAUUUGGAUCUGAGAGGGAGAUUCAGACCUGCGUCCUGCAGUCCUCCAGACCUCGUCUGAUCCUGGUGGUGUUCAGUGUUGGACGGUUCACCAAAGAACAAGCUGAGGUUGUGAAGGCAGUAGAAAGAGUCCUCGGACCUCAGGGGUUUAAUAAGUGUCACCUGGUCUUCACACAUGGAGACGCCUUACAGGACCGGUCUCUGGAGGAUUUCAUCUUUGGAGAUGAAGAAAGUUCAUCGUACCAUGCAGCAUUUUCAGGGAGAUGUCAUCUGUUCAACAAUGAAAACAGAGAAGAGGAACAAGUCAGAGAGCUGCUGAUGAAGACAGGCCACCUCAGAACCCAGCAGCUACCUGACUCACCAGCUGAUGUUUCCAAAGACAGGAGGAUGGUGCUGCUCGGUGGUCCUGGAGGAGGGAAGAGUUCAUCAGGAAACACCAUCCUGGGACAGUUUGAUUCAGUCCCUGGCUUUGAUUCAGCCAGUACAAAGCCUGUCUCCAAGGCAGCCAGAGUGGAGGGUCGCUGGGUCACGGUGGUCGAUACUCCAGGAAUCACUGAUAAAGUUCUGGCUCCUGAACAGCUGUUUGGAGAGAUCAUGAAGUCAGUAGAAAAGGGCAGUCCAGGACCUCAUGCCUUUGUUAUUGUAGUCAGAAUAGGUAGAAUCACUGAAGCAGACAUCAAACUGUUUGAGCUGCUUGUACAAAUGGUCAGCAGAGAUGUUCAUAAGUACUCCAUGGUGCUUUUUACUCACGGAGACGAGCUGGGAGGUCGGUCCAUUGAUGAUUUGAUCCAGUCCAACCAACAUGUGUCUGACCUGGUCUCCAUGUGUGAUGGUAGAUUCUGUGUGUUUGACAACACAAAGAGAGGAAACAGGGCACAGGUCAGAAACUUCCUGAGUAAAGUAGAUGAGAUAGUCUCAGAUAACGGUGGACAGAACUACACCGAUGAGAUGUUCAGGAUAACUGAGACAUUCUUUAAUGAAAGAAGGAACCUGCCAGGCAAGACAAAAUGGGAAAGAAUUAAGUUUUUCCAAAAGUUUAAAAGCCUGAAUUGGUUAUUAGUGUUUCUGUCUGCAAUAACAAUAGGAGCUGGGGUAGGAGCCGGGGUAGGAGCAGCAGCAGCAGCAGCAGUAGGAACAGGAGCAAGUGCAGCAAUAGGAGCAGCAAUAGGAGCAGUAAUAGGAACAGUAGUAGGAGCAGGAGCAGCUGUAGGAGCAGUAGUAGGAUCAGGAGUAGGAUCAGGAGCAGGAGCAGGAGCAGUAGUAGGAACAGUAGUAGGAGCAGGAGCAGCUGUAGGAGCAGUAGUAGGAUCAGGAUUUGGAGCAGGAGCAGGAGUAGGAACAUUAGUAGGAUCAGGAUUAGGAGCAGGAGCAGGAGUAGGAGCAGGAGUAGGAGGAGUAGUAGGAGGACUAGUAGGAGUAGUAGCAGCACAACUACUCAUGGAAUAACUUCUGUUGGGAUUUGGCCAUAAAAAUAAAAGUUGACUUGACUCUGAUUGGUCAGCUGUGUGGAGGUGAGAAAGUAGGCAGAGUUUGAACUAUUCUUAAGGGCAACAUGUGACAAAUUAUCUCAAUAUUUGGGUGUCAGUAUCUAAGUCCGUAGGGAGUUGGGUUGGGAACUGGCUCAGGGCUCCUGUCCAUCAGUCACAGCCCCUGGAUCAAUAAAUAUAAUACAUUAUUAUUAUUUAAAUUAUAUUUCUCUAUGACCCUCCAGUGUGCACGUUCACAUCAGAUAGAAACUCUUUAGUUUCAGACAACACAUCUAAUAAACUAGUUCUAUUGUAGUUUAACCGUCAGUAACCACAGACCCCCUCUGCACCAAAAUAAACUAACUUCUUCUGCCAAUAAAGCAAUGCAACCAUAAUUUUUAAUGCAUUAAAACAUAAAUUAACCAUAUUAAAACAUGUUAUUUAUCAAGUAGUCUCGCUUUUCCAGACCAUCCACACGCUGCGGAACGGAGGA